UUCCGGUCUUCUUCAACUUCAUUUCGAAUCGUUCCACUUUGUUCUCAAACGCCGGAUAGACAAGCCUCUGAAUUUUUUGUCGUCGAUGCGUUAAUAUCGCAUUUGGUCAUUAGUCAGUCGUUCUGUCGCCAAUAGACGCGGGAUCAGCUGCCGCAGUUCCGAGGGCUGAAAAGUUUCCCACGAUUUUCGUCAUUUCCAAAGAAUUGUUCCAACGGGAUGUUCAACAGACCGCAGAGUGCGGCUACCAGACAGGAGGCUGAGAUGAUGAACAAGGCCCAACGGGCCAUACACGGAACCACGGACAUCUUGGAGAAGCUGCGUCUGCUCUGCCUGGCCAGGGGUGCCAACGGCAUCCUUGGUUUGGGUAGAUGCUUUCGACGAAUGGACGACGACGGAAACAAACAACUGAGCCUGGAGGAACUCAGCAAUGGAAUUCGCGAAACUGGGCUUGAUUUAUCGGACGCAGAAAUAGCGGAGAUGUUCAAGGCUCUCGAUACCGAUGGAAGCGGCGGGGUCAACGUUACGGAAUUUCUUGUGGCAGUCAGGCCGCACAUGAACGACUCGCGCAAGAAGGUUGUCGAGCAGGCAUUCAAGAAGUUGGACCAAACCGGAGAUGGAAAGAUAACGGUGGAGGACUUGAAGGGUGUUUACAACGUGAAAUCUCAUCCACGUUACAUGAGCGGCGAGGAGUCCGAGGAAAGCAUUCUCAACAAGUUUCUCGAGAACUUUGAACAAGACGCGACUAAGAAUGGAGUCGUUACCGAAGAGGAGUUUAUGAAUUACUACAGCGCGAUCAGCGCCAGUAUCGACCACGAUGCAUACUUCGAUCUCAUGAUGCGUCAAGCGUACAAAUUAUAGAUCCUAUAUAUCUAUAUAUCUGCAAAAGACACAAUCAUUUUAUACACGCAUUUGUGAGUUGCUGUAUCAAAUGUUCUGUUCGUAAAUUAUUACAAUAUGUCAAAAGAAAAAGACAUUUUUUCAUAUAAUAAUACCCCGGAGCUAGGUUGUGUUAUUAUUAAUUACCUCCAAAAGUCUAGACUAACCUGUGAUUACAUAUUUACCGGCAUGUUAUUAUUUUUAUUAUUAUACUUGUUUACUGCGUAUAAAGUGGAAUAAAAUAUGUAUUCAUAAUUUA